UCAGUAAUGGAGCAGAUGUCAUAGGGAAUUUCCGAACAACCAAACUGAAAGAAAAGUUGUGAAGGCCAGAAUUUGUCCUUUUCCACAUUGAACACCUACAUUCUGGAGGUUUUGUGUCGGGAGGCAAGCAUCACUGAGCAACAAUUGAGGGGGGGGGGGGGGGGUCAGCUGCGCACGAGACAGCAUGCACCAUGAUGGGAAAUACAGGUGGAGCAGGUAGACGCUCACACUGACCAGGCGACUGAAAGCCAUUAUUUCCCCGGACGGGGAAGUCCGCCUGACCGGUAACCGAUGGCCGCGGAGGCGGACGGCGGCAGGGGGUCGUCGAGGAGCGCCCGUGAAAAAUAUCCCCGGGCGGCGUUGGAGCGCAACGGCUACGCGAGGACGCGCGUGGCCCCGCUGCGCCGCGACGCGCGGAGCCAGUCGUGGCGCAGCCUCGCCGUGGCAUGGACUUGCCGAGGAGCGUCGUCUGCGGUCUGCGUCGCCUCCGUCUGCGUUACUCUCGCUCUGCUGCUCAGAUCGGUCGACUGGGGCGCAGGAGGCAGCGGCGGCAGCGGAAAUAGCAGCGGCUCCGGCUCUCGUCUUCACUUGGCGGCGGGCGGCACGGCGGAGCUGCUGUGGACUGCGUGUCACUGCGUCGCCCCGGCUUUUACACUCGUGUGUGCCUUCUCCUGGCUGGGUCUGUGUCUGCUCCGCCGCGGGGUGCCCCUCCGCGCCGCCUUGUCCCUGUUAGCGGCGUGCCACUUGGGCGAAGCCGCGGCGCAGUCGCUCCUGCCCGGCGCCGAGGAGCAGCUGCUCUCCCUCCCCGUCGCCCUGGUCGUCCUCGGCUGCCUGGGCUGCGGCGCGCUGCCGGUCGUCCGGCUGGCGCGGGGGGUGUCGUUCCUCGUCUUCGUCAGCGCCAUCAGGGCCGUGUCCCUCGUCUCCCUGGGCCGGGUCCGGGCCAGCUGGAGACCCUACCUGGCCUACCUGCUGGGGCUGCUGGGGUUUUUGCUUGCGAGGUAUGCUGACCGGCUCCUGCCGGCCCCAGGGACCAGCGGGACGGGGUGCUGUGGCUCUGUGACCGGGGCGAAGGAGGAGGACAUCCCUGUCUUCAAGAGGAGACGGAGGUCCAGCUCCACAGCGGCCUCGGACAUGAUCGCUCACAGUCAGAACAACAGCAAGUCCCACCGCAGGACUUCGCUGCCAUGCAUUCCGCGGGACCAGUCUUCGGGCACCAGCGUGGUGGUGGACAUCGCGGUGAUGGGUGAGGCCCACGGUCUGAUCUCAGACCUGCUGGCCGACCCCUCGCUGCCCCCGAACACCUGCAGCUCCCUGAAGGCCGUCAGCAACCUCCUCAGCACCCAGAUCAGCCUCCAGCCACUCCACCGGCCUCGCAUCCCUGCGGACACACACCCCUGCUCGGACUCUGAGGAGGGGCCCGAGAAAUCAGAGAGAUUGGCCAUUCCAAAGCGUCUGAGGCGGAGUCUGCCCCCAGGGUUGUUGAGGAGAAUCUCAUCAACGUGGACCACGACCACCUCAGCCACAGGGCUGCCCACCCUGGAGCCGGGCCCUGUACGGCGAGACCGCUCUGCCAGCAUCAAACACACCGCAGACAGUGAAUCGUGGAACAACUCAGUAAUGAUGACCAUCUCGAAGAGCCGCUCCAUGUCUGCCUCCUGUGCUGCUUCCGUCACUGCCAACCACCUCUACAGCAAACCACUGGGAAGAACAGGUUUCCCCCCCUCCAACGUAUCACCUCUGGGGUCUCCGUGCCCAUCUCCUCCCGUCCAGGGCACGCCCGUCUCCAGUCCUACGAUUAAGACAUAUUCAGUGCAGCUUCCUGAGCCGGCUGGGCCACUACCAGAGCGGGGCCCUGGCUCUGUGGCCCCCAAGAGCCACCACAGAGCCUUAACUCACAGCCAGAGCGCCCCCAGCUCCACCACCCCUCACUGGCGGCCUCCGUCACUCUGCAGCAGCUGCGGCAGGCCGUUCAACAACCGCCUCAACCAUGGGGUAGAAUCUGUGGACAAAGGAGAGAGAUUACACCAUCCAGAUGAGCGCGCAGCAGUAGCGUCAUCAGACUAUGACAGUACCUACGACAGCACCUACGAGACCAACCACAGUGACAGCAGCGACUUUGCACAGAAUGAAGAGGAGCAAGAGGGGGGCAAGAAGCUGUCUGAAGCAAGGGAAGGUUGCAGGGAGUAUCCUGCAGAGGGCAUGGUUCUUCCUCCACUCCUGCCAUCACCAGAGGACAAGCCGAUCUUGGCCCUGGAGGCUCCAGUGAUGCCAAGUCUGGAGCCUCUGAUGAGUCAACUCAACAACUGGAACUUUCCCAUUUUCAGUCUGGUGGAGAGGACUCACGGCAAGGCAGGCUGCAUCCUCAGUCAGGUUUCCUAUCGGCUCUUUGAGGACACGGGCCUGUUUGAGACCUUCAGGAUUCCUGUACAAAAGUUCAUGAACUACUUCCACGCUUUGGAGAACGGAUACCGGGACAUCCCUUAUCACAACCGGAUACAUGCCACUGAUGUGCUGCAUGCUGUUUGGUACCUCACCACUCAGCCUGUGCCGGGCCUGCCCACCCUGCUGGCUGAGAAUGGGAUACACACUGACUCGGAGAACGGCAUUGGACCUGAUGCCACUGGCUUCCUGGUGUCCAAGAUGAGCUCUGUGCCGAAGGAUGGCUAUGGCUCCCUGUCCGGCCUUAUCCCAGGCCUGGAGCUCAUGGCCCUGUACGUCGCUGCUGCCAUGCACGACUACGACCAUCCUGGAAGAACCAACGCAUUCCUAGUAGCUACCGGUGCACCACAGGCUCUUCUAUACAACGACCGAUCCGUCUUGGAAAACCAUCAUGCAGCUUCAGCUUGGAACCUCUUCAUGUCUCAACCCGAGUUUAACUUCCUCAUUAACCUUGAACACAUGGAGUUCAAGCGCUUCCGCUUCCUAGUUAUUGAAGCCAUUCUGGCCACUGACCUCAAAAAGCACUUUGACUUCCUCGCAGAGUUUAAUGCAAAGGGGGGUGAUGAAGGACUGUCUGGUAUUGAUUGGACCAACGAGAAUGACCGAUUGCUGGUGUGCCAGAUGUGCAUCAAGCUUGCUGAUAUCAAUGGACCACUGAAGUGUAAGGAGCUCCACCUGCAGUGGACAGAGGGGAUCGUCAACGAGUUCUACGAACAAGGUGAUGAAGAAGCAAGCCUGGGCCUUCCCAUCAGCCCAUUCAUGGACCGCUCUGCGCCGCAGCUCGCCAAACUACAGGAGUCGUUCAUCACCCACAUAGUCGGACCUCUGUGCUCCUCCUAUGACUCUGCUGCUCUUAUGCCAGGGCACUGGGUCGACCCACCUGAGGGACUGAUGGCACCAGAAGAUGCGAAGGAAGAGCAAGAUACAGAAGAGGAAGACACGUCAGAUGAGGACGCAUCUAGUUCAGAUAGCUCCCAACAACAAGAAAACAAAAAGGAGAGGGGGAGGAAAGUGUUUUGCCAGAUCACACAGCAUCUUUUGCAAAACCAUGAAAUGUGGAAAAAAGUGAUUUCUACAGAAGCCGACGAAGAGGCCCAGGAAGAAGACCCGCACUGCAUCGGCAGCCCCUCCGUUCCCAUCACAGCCAUCCAUGAGGAAGAGGAAGAGCAAGUAAGCAAAGAAGAGGAGUCGACCGAUGGCCUUGAUGAAAGGGAAGAGGUGCCGGCUUUAGAGGAAGAGGAAAUCCUUCCGCAAUCAGAGACUUCAGGGGAACAGGAGGAAGAACCAGAGUGAUAUUAUGGACUGAGAACCCCUUCUUAAACGGGAAUCUGAACAUUGUCUGAAAAAAAUGUUUAUUUCUUACGUUACUAAACUCUUGAUAUGGUAGCCAGCACAUCACUUUGACACAACACUGUAGAAGAUGUUUUGGGUAACAUGUGCCUAACAAAAACAGGGUUUGAGGACAGACAUGGUGCAUGCCCAGUGCAACAGGGAGAAAGGGGUGAAAUAAGCGAAAGACGGCGUGGCAGAACGAGGAAGAAAAAUGAGCUGAAAAAGAAAAAAAGAGAAUGAUUGCGUCUUUAUUCGAUUUUUGUUAUCAUGUUUGUUUUAUUCUGGAUCUGGUGCCCUGCCCUCACCCAGGCUGCCCGUCCUGCACUAUGAGCCAACCAUGCUGAUUCACUCACUCACUCACUCACUCACUCACUCACACCAGUUAGUAACACACUGUCACGGACCAACAUCCCAGCCCUCUUGUCGCUCCCAUGCUGUCAGCACACUGAAGCCCAUGCCUGUUGCCAUCUGCAUGAGGAUGCGCAACAAGCCCCUUCUCCUUGAAGACAAUGGGAUGAAAGCCAGGGGGGGAAAAGCUUCAGAGGUUGUCAGAAAGAAAAAGAGCCAGUUCUAGUACAAUGUGUAUGCAAACAUACACCCACACAAGCUCCACGGACACGCACACACACACACACACACACACACAAUGCUGCAUUAGAAACACAUUCCAUACACAGAAGUGAUAGGAAGCUUAACAAAGAACCCUAUUGCUAUAAAAGCUUUAUUCUCGCUCAAGGAAAAACAUUGAAAACAAUGUUUUGUUCAUGUUUGUCCUCAGUUGCAUGUCUUCUCCCUGUCUUUUGUAACUCAAGGUCGGUCCGGCACACUGACAUGCUUCCAGGGCACACAACUCAGGAAGGAAGACACCCGAAGAGAAAGAAACAACACUAGCGUCUUUAUCCUUGUUCUUGCUGCUGCUCCAAGAUUUUCUUUCUGUGCAGUUUGAGAUGCGAUUGAUUUACUGAUGUCCCUAUAUAUAUGGUUCCCUUUGUGCACGACCAAGGGAAAACAAGAUUAAUAACCACAUUAGACCAUCACGAAACUAGGCAAUAAGGUAAUGUGUUUUGUUAAUAUCAUUUGUGUCCAUUUUUUUUAUGUCACUGCCCAAGUUGUUUUCCUAAUCUUUACAGUAAUUAACUCACUCAUGGCAUGAAUUCUUUAUAAUUUCUAGCCUGGUAUGUAGGCCAAAUGCUUCAGAAAGGGAGUAAUCCAGUAAACCACAAUAGUUCCAGGCCCGAGCUGACUCACUGCUCCAAAUCACCAGAGGAUUUACAUGAAGACGAAAAAGAAAAAGAUAUAUGAGGGAACAUCUUGUGAUGGGUCAUACCGGCCACAACGCCUGUCAACAUUUUGACGUUACAACCCAUGAGCUCUCAGUAUUCAUUACUCAGUAUCUAGUACUAUGUGUACUCAGUGGUCAUGGGUCUAUCGCAGUGACAAACAAAGUACUAGUAGGUGUCUCCAUGACCACAUGUUGGCAUGAUGACACACACACACACACACACACACGCGCACACACACAAACACGCACACGUUCACAGCCCUCUUGAUUUUGCCCUGUGGCUGCUGUCGUGAGACCAACACUUUAUAUAUGGUUAGGGUUAGGAUUGCUCUCUAUUAUGACAUCAUGAGCAUUGAUUGGCUUAGGCGGUUGCUGUCCCAGGAACCUUGUACAAAUUGUUGGUCUCAGGAUAUCAGGCACUUGGGAAAAUCAGGAAACGCCACAUAGACUCACAAGGUGAAACCGAUACCAGGUCCAAUGUUGCCACUGGUAAAUACCCUUUGGUACCAAUUGCCAUCCAGGAAAUGCUGUGUGCAAGACGCUUUGAGCCACAGCUGCAUAAGUCAGUUAUGUAUUCUGCAUUCUUCUGUGAUAUUGUUAUGGUUUAACAGACACUGAGGAAAUCGAAUCAUGUUGUAUAUUGUACAAGGUCAAUCCUCAAUGAGAGCAAGUGAUAGAAUUUUGCACAUUGAAGAUGACGUCUGCCUUCUGUGUAGUUUCUUGAGUGCAGCAACACUCAGCACAGCUCAGCAUGGCUCUCUCUCCACACGUAGUCCGCACCGAAGACACAGAUUAACGGUUGGCGUCAUGCUCUCCUUUGAUGUCCCCCGAUAUUCAGAUUGGUGGUGAUGGAGGAAAAGGGAAAACCAGGAGAACAGGCUGAGUAAUGAGGCUUAGUACUGAAAGAGGAAGGGGGGGAGAAGAAGAAGCCCUUUAGCUUGACUUGUAGCUGCUUAUGAGGGGUCAUAUGGGUGUCAGAUCUUUUUUGCAGCAGAUUCCUCCCGAUGUAACUCUUUGAAGAUGAGCCAGUUUGGUCGGAUUCAAAAUCAUGUGAUGAUCAAGUUUCCAUGUCGGGAAAAUGUGUUACAGGGAUAUGCAGCAAAGCAACAAAGGCACUUUGUGGAUUCUGAUCCAUUGAUUUAAGGAUGCUUUGGAUCCUCACUUACCGAUCUGUAGCAGGUACUUUGUGUUAAAUUCGCAAAGUAAUCAAGGACACGUGUUAAUACAAUUGAAAGAGGUUCUCUGACUUUAACAGCACAUUCUGGAGAAGCUACUAUGUGUCUGGACAUUUUCUGGAGUUUGCCUUUCACGUAUGACGAACCCAGCAGGAGAUUAUCCAAUUUACUGGCAUCUGGGUAGUGGAUGCAGGAGGCAGGACACGAUAAUAAUUCCACUGUGGAAAGCAGUGUUUUUGUUUACAUUCAUCAACAUGCACACUAGCUCGCUAUGAAUUGUCCUGCUGUAUUUCCAAUCUGACUUUUUCCAGAAAUUUGACCAGGUGGCAAAAUGUCCAGAGCAGCAUUUGCGGACUUUUGUGUUCUCACAUACAGCUCCUCUGGAACAUUUCAGGAAAGGCGCAUGUCUGAAAGCCGCUAUAAAUACACCAGGCAUGGGUAACGUUUUUAAAAUCUAAACAGCAUCAUCAACGGCAAAAAAAAUCAGCAACCAAAAGGAGCAUUGCAUGAAAUACAAACAUCCUCUAAAGAUACAAAAUGCUUUAUGCAGCCAAUCCAUUAAUCAAAAAAGGGGUAAAGCAGACUAAGCAAUAUAUUUACCAGGCUUGUUUGCAGACACUGUUUCUACUGGCUGAACUUUCUAUGCUGUGACCCAAUUUCUUAACUCAAUUAGAAUUUCGCCAACGUUAAUACUGUCUAAAUCCUCCGCUGUAUCCAUUACACUGUUAUCAAAAUGCCCAUUGUGCAAAGGAGGGCUAAACUGCAACGUAAUGCCCUUGACUGCUUGUUCCCUGUACUUACAAGAGGGUGCAGUGCUUGUUUUUACUGCUAUGAAAAAGAAAGCAUGGGCUUAUUGUUCAGGUUUCAGGUCGAGUUGAGAGCUCCUAAUGGGUGUUGGAAAUCUGUGUAUUUAUUAAUUUUAAUAUGCGGGAGCUAUUGCAGGCAAAGGAUUAUUUUUUUUAACAACGUUUAGUUUUACAAACUGUAAUCCUGAAUUAUACUCAAUUGAAAGCAAAAUUACCUCCAGUGUUGAGGUGAAUCAGACAGCUAGCCCCGGACAAAAAUAGUAUAUAAUAAAAGGAAGCGAUGUUGCUUGGCAACAGAAAAAAAUGAAAAGGCAAAGUGAUGUCUGACUGCCGAAACAGCGCAAAUGGCAGCAGACAUCUGUUGCAUGAGGCAACAAGUCACACUUGGAUCUACAAGUCCCCUCCUUGACCAAAUGUCUUCUAGUUGCCUCCCCUUGCUUUGGCUUGACGUGAUAAGUGUAGAUGUAGAAGUAAACAGAGCUACGUGGCUCUAGGUCAUGUAGGGCAUCGACUGGGGAGUUUGAGUUGAGCGUUUUUGAAGCUCUGUACAGCAACAUAGCUUUCAAACUUCAGUUAUUCUAAAAAAAAUUACAGAGACUGUAAAAAGCUCUGCAAUCCUCCUGCCUCCAGACAUGAAGGAGCUUGAGCUCCAUAUAUUGUAAAUAAAGUAUAUUGAUGCCUCGCUUGCAACCUAAUAUGCGUACUAUCGCAAUCGAUUUCUUUCCCUCAUAUCUCACACAUGUACUGUACCAUGCUCCACCUCUAUGUUUGGAAUCUGUAGAUGGUCUUUGAUUCAGCCCCCCAUAGCCCUGCCUCACUACCUUUGUACUCUACAGUGCAGCAAUCAAAGAGACUUAAUCGGAGCUGUGAUCGGAUUCGGGGGUCGCUAUUUUUGUCAUAAUCAAACGAAAUUAUUAUAGCUCACUAGUGUAGUCAUUUCAGGAGUUUUGAGUUAGCUCUGUGGGAGUGGUCAGCUGUUACCUUCAAUUCUUUAAGAACAUCUUUCAGGUCUUUGCAUGAUGACAUAUGACCAAUUAUACCAUUGCAGUGUUUUUAAGUUUAAGCUUCUUAUCUACAUCUACUGUAUACUUAACAUAGUUGCUGACGAUUUUCAAAUGCAGGCUUGAUGUAAACAUUUUCCACAUUUGCAGGCAGCCAUUAAUUUCUUGGGAUUUGGGAGUUAAAAAAAUGUGAGCAGUAGGUCUGCAUUAUUUUUCACAGUAUAAUUGUGGAUUGAUUUGAGAAUUCCACAAUACUGCAUUAUUUUGUGACUUCACAACAAUGAAAUGACAUUUUAAUGCAGACUUAAUGUUCACUGGGUUAAAAAAAGUUGUACAUAAGUAAAUGGAAACCAAUGGGUGCAUGGAACGGCUUCUUACUUGUAAUGUCAAGUAUACAGUAACUGAUUUGUAGUAAAUGGGCCAAGACAUGUAAAACCAUGGUUCCAUAAGCCUUCUCUUGAGACACUGGAUGAAAAUUUUGUGAGAACAUUAUUUUGUCAAAUCCUAAAUAAUGUAGAUUAGAUCAAGAUUCUUGACUGCCAUGGCAUAAAAGCUUGUGUCAUGGUGUGGCCAAUGCUUUUUGCCAUGCAAUUGCAGGGCAUUCAUAACUCUUCCAACGUCUACAACCCCCAAUCAGAUCAAAGCCAGUAUCAGUACUAUCUUGUUAAGAAGAAGGGGAUUGUUGCACACUCGAUUUAUUUGUGCAAACCAAAGAAACAUUUUGAAAUUUGAGUUCUGUUUGUGAUUUUCACAAAAUGAACCCUAAAAAAGAAGCAUGUUUCCUGCAACUUCUCUGUUUUUUUGUCAGUGUCAUCCAGAACCUGGUGAGGAUGUCUGGAUAUGAAUACACUUAGUUAUAGUGCGAACACAGGGCAGAUUAAAGCAACACCAGAAUCAUUUGAAGCAUUCAUCUAACAGACUGCAGCACAUGGGGUUGUCCACGUUUUUACUGUCUGUUGUUUCACGACCAUGUCAACAGGCAGCUGUAGCACUACAAUGGAACUGGCCGAACGUUCUGUUCUCAGACUGAAGCCCUUGUAGUUUCUUUUUGAUGGUUCGAACCAAAAAUAUUCCUUUUUCGUAUUGUUUGUUGUUUUAUCCAUUUUAAAAGGGAGCUAUGCGUCUGUGCCAUAACAUUUCCACGCAUAUGUACAGUAUGUAUGCAUACAUUGUUUGAAUGAGAUAUUCAUCAGCUUUUCUUGUUUAUCACAAAGGAAACCAAAACAAUGUUGUUGUUUUUUCACCACCUUUAAGUCAAGACUAACAAGGCUGGUAUGUUUUCAUCUACUAUAGCAGGCGCUUCAAUUAUUUUCUUCUCUCCAAUAUCUUGCACUUAACACAUGUAGCAAUACCUACAGGAUGGGGAAAUUGUGUGUUUCACCAGUAUUUGUUUAAGUGGAAUAUAACAUUUUAUUUCUAGAUAUUGUUUGACUUUGUAUAAAAAAAUAUAUACUGUACAGAUUCAAAAGUAUAUUAUAACAAAAAACUUUUAGAAAAUAUUUAUUUUUACCGUUUUGUAAUUUAGACACAAAACUGUAGCUCCUCUAUUGCCAGACUUACUGGAAGUGCCUCUCGACAAUGUAUUACAACGUAACUAUACAAUAUAUUGGGAUUAUUAGAACCUGUCACUAGCAGAGCAGUGUUGAUGUUGUAAUGUGAAUAUUGUUAAAUAAUAAGAUUUAUAAAUGCUGCACGCGUCUGUAUGUUCCUUAAGCCAUCUCUCCAACAUGGGAGGAUUUCCAAUGAGAUUUCACAAACAAAUGUAUAAACAUGGUAAAACACUGUUGGACUUCAUAUGAGUUCCAAUUGUUCCAAUAACACUGACUAUACAUUUUUAGGUGGCAAUAUCUAACAUGUUUUUUUUAUGUACUUGCUUCAUUAAAGUAUCUCUUUCAGUCCCA